ACCUCAGUGCCGUCCUUGUGAACUGGAACAUUACAACAUCUGAGAUAAAUGUGAUGUGGAAAGAUCCAGACACACACUCUGACCUGAUCCAGUCCUACAGAGUCACUGUGAGGGAGAGUGGCGGAUCUACCAUAUUUAACACCUCUCUAGGGAGACAAACCAGCUAUAACCAUAAAUCUAGCUUUGACCCUGGAUAUUUGUACUAUUUCAAAAUCACAUCUAAGGUACAACUAAGUGACCCAGUGGAAAUGCUUUAUGUUGAAAGAGAACAACACCUCAUUGUAGAACCACUCCCUCCUGGUGCUAUCGAUAGAAACGCCAGUAACUUACAUCCUGAAAAACUUCAUCUGAAAUGGACAGACCCAGGGAACAGAACACGUGUUGAUGGAUACCGAAUAAACAUUAAUGGAUACAACUAUUCCACAAGUUCAACUGAAACGCCCAUUUCACGAAGACUGGAACCCGGCAGAAAUUAUACGGUUACAGUUAUAGCAAGUUCACAUGGAACAGAAAGCAAACCAUAUGUGGAACAAAUUACAACGCUUCGUACUCCGAAAGUCAUCAUUACCACUCCGAAAGUCAUCAUUAACGGGGGCAGCUACGUAUAUCCCCUAUAUCUAUCAACCCUGGAGAUUGAAGCUUCUCUACAAAAUUAUUCCGACUUUCCGCCGACGUUAGAGACAAGAUGGCAAAGGAAUGGCGUAGACAUCAACAUAACAGACGUGAGAUAUAACGGCAGUUCUCUCGAUCUGUUCAAUCCGAAACUCGUCAUCAAUAGAGUGGAUUUCGAUCAUGAGGAAGGCAGAUUGUAUCGUUGUACUGCACGGAACUCAGAAGGAUGGGGAACAAGCACAUACGACAUACGGGUGUAUGUACAAGGGAGUAUUAAAUUUUCCGAGCCGUGUAACCAGUACAGGGAAUGUCUUCAAAGUAGAGGUUUGACCUGCCGUAACAACAAAUGUCUGUGUCAUUCCUGGUAUUACCACAGAAACAAAGUUUGCUAUAGCAACGGUUAUCUAGCAGCACAGUCAGUUCAUGUUCAAGGUUCUACGUGUGACAUGACGAUCACAUGGCAGCCUCCCUCUAAGGACCAGGAUCUGGUGUCAGGGUACCAAGUCAUUACGUCAGAGUACCACAUCGUUACAGGAGGGUACCUACGUCUUACGCAGUCAGAGACAGUUUCUGUGGGGAAUAAGACAGAGUACACGACACCUUGUAAACUACAACCAGGACGGCUCUAUAGAACUGACAUCCGAUCUAAAAUACUCUUGAGCGAUCCCGAACAGGAAAUGCAUGUAGAUAGCAGUUACAACACAAUUCUAGAGUCACUAAGGCCUGGUCCAAUCUUACGCAGUUUGAGUAAUUUUUCCGCUGACAAUUUAUAUUUGAGAUGGGAGGCAUCUGGACAGAAUAGCUUUGUUAAUCGCUACAGAGUCACGAUAGGGGACCGUAGUCAGCAAACAAUAGCCAGUGUUCCGGAGAUCUACUGGGAGGAACUUCUGCUGCCCGUCACUCUGUAUAACGUCACCAUUACAGCUAUCAGUUACGGAUAUAUAACUAACUAUCCUUCUUACGGAACAAGGGAGAGUCUUCCAUCUACAGACUGGAUACACACAACAGAAAGUCAAUUUACUGGAAAGGCUUACAUGUCUUAUGGAGAAAAUGAUUACGUCUUACGAGGAGAUGACGUCACGAGUGGCCCCCUUAGAUCCCCCACAACAGUUUACGUCGGAGAUGGAUCUGAUGGAGGAUUCAAAUCAGUUUUUAUUGGCUCUAAUGGCGUUAUAGGACUUGGAGAAGCGUUCAACAACAUUGAAGUACAUGAAAUGGAUUCCACCAAAAUCAACGGAACAAGAAUCAUUUGUCCUUUUUGGACGGAUCUAUCGUCAGGCGACAUUGGCAAAGUGUACUACAAUACAUAUAGAAGAGGAAUAGAAGGAGAUAAUGUAGACUCGGUGUUCAUGGAGAAAGCGGACAGUAUUGUCAAGAACAAUUUCAGGGAUUUGAAAGAUUUCAAAGCUUCAUGGCUCGUGAAAGUAACGUGGGAAAACAUGACUUUGCAUGGGUACAAAGAAAAGAAAGUCACAUUCCAGUGUUUCCUCAUCACGGACGGAGAGAAUACCUUUACAGUCAUUAACUACAUUGAUGUCAAUUUGAAACCAAUCCUCAAUCGUGAAAUUUCCAUAGGAUAUCGUUACAAACAAUUUUUCACAAAAAACUUGUUCACGAACCAGAAAGGAGCGUUCAAUAUGAGUAAAAUUCGAGGAAACAGAGGGGAGCGAGGUUUCUGGAUUUACAAAAUGACAGAGGGAGUGCGAUUGAAGAGAGAUGAAAAAGAAUGUUUCCUAUGGUACUCUGCUAACGUAGAAAAUCAUAUACGUAAUAAACUGUCAACAGUCUUAAAUGACAUUGAAUGCCCUUGUGAUCCUCGUCUGUUGAGAUUUGAUCCACGUUACACCAUCAACAGAUUUGACCACGUUAACAGAGUGCUGUGUUAUGCUUCAAUGACCAUAGGAACAAAUGUGGAAUGUUGCUUCAGGAUGUUCGCCAAUACGGAAGAUUUAGGCCCUUUACAGCGUUCUCUACCGCUGGCCGGGACGGUAAUGCAGUAUAACCCGUUCUUUGAAAGAUACCAAUACAAUAACUUUGACUCAAAGCCUAGGGAUCAAUGUUGUAGUACAGGUCACUGUGACUGGUAUUACAAAGUCCGCCCAAUUCCACGCUGUUAUUGGAGAUCACCUUUCCGACCUGGAAUUAAUUUUGGAGACCCUCAUAUCACUACAUUAGAUGGUCUGGACUACACAUUUAAUGGAUACGGGGAAUACACCAUGAUCAGGAUAAAUACCAGCAUAACGACCUUUGAACUCCAGGCUCGGACAGAGUUGGCUACCACAGAAAAUGGAACUACCAUUAAUGCUACUAUAUUUAGUGCCUUUGUGGCGCAAGACCAAACGGGCUCCAAAGUACAGGUCGAAAUGUCACGAAACAAAACGGGAAUGAUAAUUCGAGUUAAUGGAGUGGACCUUACAACUAAAUUUAAAAAUACCAACUAUACAUUCCGAACACCGAACGUGUCAUUGCAGUGGGAAAAUCGCACAAUAUCAGCAACGUUUCUUAAACCACGGUCUAUCAAUGAAAAUUCCACUCUAUUCGACUAUGAUGACGGAUUAACAUACAUGGAUUUUUGGCAUCCUGAAUUUGUUCCACUAUUCACUGACGAAGUGGACGAAAAUCGAGUCAACGAAGCAAAAGAGAAAUGUGGCUCAAACCCGUCAAAAGCUUGUAUUUCAGAUUAUCUUGCAACAGGAGACAUUAAGCUGGCCGAAUCUUCUGGACAUAAAGAGCAGAAUUCAAAGUCAGAUGUAGCCGUUAUCGAAAAUGAAUCACCGCAAAUAUCAGGGAAUACAAAAGUACAUGUAAUUGUCAACAAAGAAAUAGAAAUGAGGUUCAAUGUUUCUGAUGAUGGCGAAGAAAACCCAGUCUACAGAGUUUUAAAACAACCAGACAGUUUCCUAUUUGACGAUGAAACGGGAAUAGCAAGAUGGACGCCGCAAAACGCUAGUGUUUCUGAAAUCAGCAUUAUUGCUGUAGACAGUCAGGGUGCACAGUCCCCCUCCCUCGAUGUCUCCAUCAUAUUGUGUACUGGUUGUAGUGACCGCGGGAAUUGUGAUUACGUCAAUGUUAUACAUACAGGAAAUGACCGAUUUCACACGGCAGCCUGCAUCUGUAACAUUGGAUAUUCUGGAGACGAUUGUGAGGUUGAGACAAACGCCUGUCAACAGAGUCCCUGCCCUCUGGGUAGGGAUUGUACUGACCUGUCCCCCGAGGAAGAGGUCAGACUGGACCGCGGAUACAACUGCUCAGAAUGCCCCACUGGAUAUAAAGAUGUUGAAAAUAAAUGUGAAGAUAUUGAUGAGUGUGCAUCGGCAGAAAAUAAUACCUGUGAUGUUGCCAAGGAAACUUGUGAAAACACAGAUGGGAGUUACAUAUGCAACUGUCUUCAAGGAUACAGGAAAUUGAAUGACAACUGCAAUGAUAUAAACGAGUGCAUGGAAGGAACGUCUGGGUGUCAGCAACUUUGUAGUAACACUCCGGGAUCAUUUAGUUGCUCGUGUUACCCAGGAUUCAGUCUGAAUGAGGAUAAAUCUACUUGCAAUAAAACAGAUGAUGAUCUAUGUAGAACUUUUGAGAAGGAAUGUGAGUAUGCUUGUAGUACUAUAGACGGAACCACCCAGUGUAUAUGUCCAUCUGGGUACAAUCUCACAGAUAAUGGUACAGAAUGCACAGAUAUUGAUGAAUGUGCACUGGAUACUUCACCAUGUGAUCAAGAAUGCCUCAACAUGAACGGGUCAUUCCAGUGCGCCUGCCGUCCUGGUUACAGUCUGAACGCAGAUAAAACUUCAUGUUCAAUAUGUGAUAUACCAAAUUUCGGUGAGAAUUGCGGACAGGUGUGUGAAUGCGGUCCCGGUGGAGACAGGUGUGACCCUGUUAGUGGAUGUGUCUGUCUCCCGGGAUGGACUGAGAAAAACUGCAGUGUAGACAUUGAUGAAUGUCAGCUAAAUCCAACUAUAUGUGGUAUCAAUAAACUCUGCGAUAACACUGAAGGUUCUUACCGGUGUGAUUGUUUAGAGGGAUUCAAUCUCAUCAAUGACAAGUGUGAAGAUAUCGAUGAGUGUGACGAUGCAUCACUGAAUGACUGUCCGGUGGCCACGACACAGUGUAUGAACACGUUCGGUAACUAUACCUGUGAAUGUAAGGAAGGAUAUCAGAAGGAGAACUCCGCCUGUGAAGAUAUUGAUGAAUGCAAGACUCCUAUUCACGGAUGCUCUCAGAAAUGUGAAAACGCCGAUGGUGGAUAUAGUUGUCUGUGCUUCUUCGGAUUUACACUUAAGGAUGAUCGGAAAACGUGUGAAAAGAUCCCAGCUAGAGAUUCGUGUUCCUUGUUUCCGGAAUUAAACUGCUCCUACGGUUGUAAACAAGUCGCAAAUGACGAUCACAGUGGAAUUUGUUUUUGUGAGACAGGCUACGAACUUGCAGGGGACAACAGAACAUGCCUUGAUAUUGACGAGUGUAAAGAUGUUACAACCUGUUCACAUAAUUGUACAAAUAAAAAUGGGUCCUUUACCUGCGGUUGUGCGAUUGGUUACUCACUACAAAAUGAUGGAAGAUCUUGUAAAGAAUGUAGUCAGUAUUUCUACGGUGAGAACUGUGCGACACCCUGUAAAUGUGGACGAGGUGCCAGUGGUUGUCAUCAUGUGAAUGGUUGUGUCUGUAAGCCCGGAUGGACAGGUGAAACGUGUGAAGUGGAUAUAGACGAAUGUCAAAAUAAACCAUGUACUGGGGAUCACGUGAUCUGUCUGAACACCCCUGGAUCAUUCCAAUGUCAAUGCAUUACAGGAUUUAAGAACUUCACUAGCGUCUGUGAAGACAUUGACGAAUGUCAGGAUCCUCUAGCUUGCCACCAGAAAUGUACAAACUUUGACGGAAAUUACACCUGCAGCUGUAAAGAUGGAUAUGAACUUAUAAACACUAAGGAUUGUAAAGAUAUAGAUGAGUGUAAAACCGCCCAGUGUCACCAAUGUUCCAACCGGCCGGGAGGCUUCACAUGUUCAUGUCACGAAGGCUAUCGACUGAACUCAACGACACAGGAUAAAUGUCAUAAUAUUGAUGAAUGCGUGGAAAAUAUUGAUAACUGUUCCAAAGAGGCCUUCUGCACUGAUACUGUUGGAAGUUUCACUUGUAGCUGUUUGAAGGGAUUUGAAGGCGAUGGACAUUUCUGUACAGCCUGCAACGAUUUUACCUUUGGGGAGCAGUGUUCUGAUACAUGCACAUGUGAUGUCAACAACACUGAAAAAUGUGAUGCUGUAAGCGGUGAAUGUCGAUGCAAGAUCGGAUGGAGGGAGCCUGAUUGUUCGGAGGAUGUGGAUGAAUGCAAGCAAAACAUCAUCAACUGUGACACUAACUUGUAUCAGACAUGUAUCAAUACACCAGGUUCCUCCCAUUGUGAAUGUCGUUAUGGUGGGCUAAACAUUUCUGACUGUGUCCGUCCAGAAGAGCCACGUACACCAAAAAUGGCAAACGUUAAAGUACAGACUGAAAUUAGAUUUGACUUGAAAAUACCGAGGGACGACUUCCUAGAAAACAGCGAGAAGUGGCGUCAAGACUUCGAGAAAUCGCUGACGAAUUUCUACAAGAAGAGGAUUCGCAACUUUUCAACGAUUUUUGUCCUUUCUAUUCGCCUUGGGAGUGUCAUAACUGAUGUAGACAUCCAUGGAACCAAAACCGAUACUAACGAUCUAGAACAUGACGUGGCCACCACCUCACUGCAAAUGCUAUCGGGAAAAGAAAACAUAACUGUUUCCGGUCAGAGCCUAAAUGUACUAGAAAUAGUACCAAAAUAUAACAAUGGAACACAUGGGGCAGCUUUAACAACUGCAUCCUCACCAUGUGAUCUGUUUAUAAGUUUUGGAGCUUGCAUGUCGGGACAAAAAUGUGAUUAUUCGUCGGAUGGACCAAUUUGUGUGAAAGAGAAAUCCGACGUGUCAGAUAUGUUGACGUUAAUUGUCAUCCUGGGAGUGAGCAUACCUUUACUGAUGACAGUCAUCGCUCUGGUUGUUUUAUGCAUAUGUUAUCAAAAGAGAUCUAAGAGGAAAGUAAAGAAAGAACGGUAUCAAAGUGAAUACAAUGACCUUCAAGGUGAUUCCGGGAAUGUAUCAAUUUCACAUGGAAAGAAUGCAGUCGGUGGAAAGAUGGAUCAAGGAUGUAGUAAUCCGAAUUAUACAUGGGAUUCCCUCUGCGAGAAACUUCAACAAAACGAACAAUUUCGCAUUAAACGGCCUACCAUUGAAUACAACACGACACUUCAAUAUUGAUUGGAGAAAAGAAGAUCAAAUGUGAAAAUGUUUGAUAGAGAUUGUCGAAAAUGACAUUUAUAAUAUAAAUAUGAUUUGUGUUUGCUGUUGUAUCUUUUUUAUGCAUAUGUUAUUGUUUACUCAACAUUCAACGAAAAUACGGUAUAUGUUAGAAAUAGCUUAUUUGCAAAUGUUACAAAGUACAUUUCAAUACAUACCGUUUUAAGCUGGUACAUGUUUUCAGUUAAUUAAUGACGGUAGAAAUUCACAGGCAUACAUAUGCUUAUUUGUUAAUAAGUUGGUAAGCCAAAUAUACAUGUACUAUAGUAAAACUAUUGAGCAUUUCAUUGUAAUCAUGUUUGGCAGAUCUAAAAGGGCUUGUAGCAUAGAAGUAAUUUUAGCUAAGGUUGAUAAUUUUGUUUUAAUUAAUUUCAAUGCACCUUUUAUCAUGCGACGAAGUAAUAUAAUUUGCUCAUUAAAUUCAGUUUGAAAAGUU